AUGAGCCCGGCAAGAGUGAAGCUACCUCCGCUGGUAGUGAAAAAUGCCCAUCUUAACGAGCUCAUCGCGGAUCUGGCGUCGCUGGGCGUCAAAGCCAAAUUCAAAUUAGGCAGAGUCGGCACCAAGGUGGUGCUUCGUACCAAAGCGGAGUGUGACUUGGUCAUCGUCCACCUGAGGACUUCCAAGGUGGAAUUCUUCACCCAUGACAUCCUCGGUGAAAAACUGGUCAAGGUCGUCCUCAGGAGCCUACCAAAUUUCGACCCGAAGUUUAAAGAAAAUGAAAUCAGAGACCGGUACAAGCUGGCCCCAAGCACCGUCUAUCUGAUGACAAGGAAGGACGAAAAUGUGAAGGCGUAUCCGGAUUGCCUUCUCCUGGUACACUUACAGAAGGGAACGGUGACACUCAACGCACUGAAAGCCAUUCGCUCCAUCAAUUCCAUCAUCGUCCGCUGGAAGCCAUAUCGUGCCGGCCAUCGCGAUCUGACUCAGUGCCAACGGUGUCUGAACUUUAGACACGGCACCCGAAACUGCAACAUUAAGCCACACUGUGGCAAUUGUGUUCAAAACCACGCCACCUCCAAAUGUGCUGCGGAUGAAGCUGUGUCGUCUAAAUGCGCCAACUGUUGA